UGGUGUUUGUUCGUGCCUAUUUUAUGCAAGAAAAGCAAUCUUGUGCCCCGAUUAUUCCAUUUGAAAGGGUAAAUGAGCGUGUCGCAGCUGCAACAGGUAUAUCUUUACGGACUGUUGCAAGAAUUGGAAAUGAAGGAAGAUUGGCUGAAGCAUCAUCGAGUAAAAUAGUUACUCCCGGAAAAAAUAGAAAAACAAGAAAGGAUAAAAUUUUAAUGGACAAUUUUGAUAUUGGUGUUCUUAGACGAAAGAUCCAUGAAUUUUAUACUUUCAAAAAAGAAAUACCAACAGUGAAUAAGUUGCUGCAAGUACUUAGAGAAGAGAUUGGAUUCACAGGCAGCCGAGAAAUUCUCAGACAACAUAUAAAAAUGAUUGGUUUUCGAUUCAGAAAAACUAUAAGCAACAGAAAGGUCCUCAUGGAACGUAAUGAUAUAACUGCUUGGCGUGCUCGUUAUCUGCAGACUUUAAAACAUAAUGACGAUACAGAAAAACUACCUGUAGUCUACUUAGAUGAGACCUAUAUUCACUCCGGUCAUACAGCUGGGAAAUGUUGGCAGAAUGAUGAUGAAGAUGGAGUAUUAGAGCCCAUCUCUAAAGGUCAAAGAUUUAUUAUCGUUCAUGCCGGAGGUAAUCAAGGCUUUAUGGAGAAUGCUUGCUUGGUGUUUAAGUCACAAACAAAGAGUGGUGACUACCACGACGACAUGAACCAUACAAAUUUUAAAAAAUGGGUUUUAGAAAAGUUGUCCCCCAAUUUGAAGGAGCCCAGUCUAAUUGUGAUGGAUAACGCACCAUAUCACAACACAAGCGUCAACAAACCCCCAAACACAAGCAGUAGGAAAGAUGAAAUCAUCGAGUGGUUAAGAAUAAACAACAUUGAAUAUUCAGAAGAAUAUACAAGACCACAACUCUUAGAACUUGUAAAUAGAAACAAACCCGAACCAGUGUAUGCUGUGGAUGCUAUUUUAAAAGGACUGGGUCACAAGAUAUGUCGUUUGCCACCAUAUCAUUGUGAUCUAAAUCCCAUCGAAAUGAUCUGGGCAUCCAUGAAACGAAAAGUAGCCGAGAUAAAUAGAAGUAGUAACAAUAUAGUAGUAAGAAUAUAUGCAUUCGAUACCAUUUCUGUCGAGGAAUGGCGCAAUCAUUGUGGCCACGUUAAGAAACUGGAAGAAGAGUACCGAAAAAAAGAUGGAUAUUUGGACGAACCAUUUAUCAUACGGUUAUGCUCUGAUAGCGAGGAAAGCACUGACGACGAUGAUUCUCAGGAUGAAGAUGAUGAAGAAUUUAAUCGCAUGCAACCUCUGGACGUAGUUCUUGCAGAACAUAAUUAUAGUAAACGAAUUUAAUAUA